AUGCUUGCGGAGAGCUUUGUCCAGUUCCUCCUCAAGUCUCGCGGCUACGACGGUGAUACGUUUCUCGGGAAUUUGCUCGUCCAGAUGUAUGGUAAAUGCGGCGAGCUGGAUCAAGCGCGAAGUGCCUUCGACCGGAUAGUCAGGAACGUCUUCUCUCAUCCUCGACGGGCUCUUAUAGCCGUAGUUUUAGGGUUUAUACUUUUCCUUUUAUUACGUCGUCCUGUCGCUCAAGACGCACAGAACCCACGCCGGCGAGGAGCGCUGCGCGUUUGUGAGGGUGAAGCUCUUUGGCUCGCUCGUCACCAAGUCGAGGCUGGAGGAAGAGAAGCAGCGCUGGAUCCGAGAGCUCGAGGCCGUGCCACCGGGGAACUCCCCGGAAGAACAGAGCCUCUGGUCUUCUUCCGCAAAGGUGGUGGAGACGAGCAGCGCCAAGGCCAAGUCCCCGAGAGCGAGCGGAGGGAGUACGAGGAGAAGAAGCUCAAGCUGCGCAAGGCCAUGGGCGAGAACUUGCACGACGACGUCGAUGGCGAGGAUGAGGAUGCCAAGCUGUGGCGCCUCAAGAUCUUGCAGGCCGUGGAGGGCGAUAACUGGAGCAGUGUGAUCGAUGGCCAGACCAUGGAAACUGUUGGCUCCUCCGCUGGUUCUUCGUCUUCGAACGCUUCUUCUUCAACUUCUUCGCGCGAGGUGGUGAGCCCGUUUGAGUCGAGCAACACGAGCAGCACCGCGGGCAGUGGCUUGUACUCCGCCGAGACGUAUGAUUUCACCGCGGAGAACGUUGACAAGGUGCUGGACGAGGUGCGGCCAUACCUGGUAGCUGAUGGUGGAAAUGUGGCCGUCGUCUCGGUCGCUGAUGGAACCGUCUCGCUGGAACUCCAACGGGCUUGCGGGACUUGUCCCAGCUCCACGUCCACCAUGAAAAUGGGAAUCGAGCGAGUCCUCCGGGAGAAAUUCGGCGACGCUGUGAAAGAAGUGGUCGACAUCAACAGGCCAAGUGUAACUUUGACAUUUGAAGCCUUGAAUGGACAGAUUGACAUGCUGAGAAGCGCCAUCGAAGGCUACGGUGGUGUGGUACAGCUCGCCACUGUUGAUCCUGCCAAGGGAGAGUGUCAAAUAAAAUACAAAGGCCCGGUGCCGCUGAGCCUGGGGAUCAAGGCUGCCAUCAGAGACAAGUUCCCGGAGCUCAACGUCGUCUUGAUCGAUCCUUAGAGGAUCAGAAAACUUGUUUGUGGCUUCAUCACCAUCUGGAUAACAUGGUGUCAAAAUUCGUCGACGGCGAA